GAAAACUGAAAAGACCAGUUUGCCCUUGUCUUUCACAUUCUUCAAUAACAUUCCAUUCCAGAAUCACACUCCAUUCUUUGCUCUACUUAUCCAGUUACCCAAGGCCUACAGUCAGGCCCAUAGAGAAUCUACUUUCCAAUUCUCAAUUUCACGUCAAAUGUCGAAACCGGCGACAACAUCGCCGACGCCGGCAUCUUCAACGACAAUAAAGCCGGAAGAUUACUCUCAUAGCCCUGUACAUUACGCUGUCGUUUUAGGCGAUCACUCUACUCUAAGCAGACUUGUCGCUUCUGUUCCUCGACUCGCCGAUCCAACUCAGAUAAACACCGAGUCCCACUCGCUUUCCCAGGAACGAAUUGCUGAUCAAAUCUCCGCCGUCCUUGACCGCCGUGACAAUCCUAACCGUGAAACUCCAUUACACCUCGCCGUCCGUUUGAAUGACGUGUACGCUGCUCGGACUCUUGCUGCCGCCGGCGCCGACAUUUCGCUUCAGAAUGCUGCUGGUUGGAAUCCUCUACAGGAAGCCAUUAUGCGGAGAUGCUCCGAUGUCGUUUCGGUUCUCGUCCAGCAUCAUCAUUUAGGUGCUUGGUCCAAGUGGCGCCGACGUCUUCCUCGUCUUGUGGCUGUUCUUCGCAGAAUGCGUGACUUUUACAUGGAGAUUUCGUUCCAUUUCGAGAGUUCUAUUGUUCCGUUUGUCGGAAAAAUCGCGCCCUCUGAUACGUAUAAGAUCUGGAAACGCGACGGCAAUCUCCGAGCAGAUACUUCCUUAGCAGGGUACGACGGCUUGAAAAUUCAGCGAGCUAAUCAGAGUUUUCUCUUUCUGGGUGACGGUGAUCGGAAUUUCGAUAUUCCGGCUGGUGCUUUGCUAGUUUUGAACCACGACGAGCGUAAAAUUUAUGAUGCUUUUGAGAAUGCUGGUGCUCCGUUGAGCGAUUCCGACGUUGCGAGUUUCUGUAAUCAAACAAGUGUGUAUCGUCCUGGAAUGGACGUGACAAAAUCGGCACUAGUCGGUCGUACGAAUUGGAGAGGGCAAGACAAAAUGGAGAACGUCUGUGAAUGGAAAGGUAGGGUUUACGAUGUGCACAAUGUUGUUUUCAGCUUCCGAUCACGGAAAAUCACCGGAGCUGAAAGCGAACAAAUUUUGCCAUUAGACUUGGAACUCGAAGAGGAUUCUGAAGAAGGUUUCCUCGUAGCAGAGAAUCCACGAUUUAGCGUCUCCACUCGCCCAUCCGCUGCCGGGGAAGGUAACAGACAAAGACGUCACAGCAGUUUCAUUCGAGAGGAGAGAGAGUUCGUUACCGUAUCCAGAAAGAGUGUCGACAUUAUUCCGGAACCACGGCGGAGAACGGCGGCGAUACCGGUUGCACCACCACCGAAUACAAAGGAGAAAGAGUAUGUGAAGUGUCUGAAACCGUCGGUUUGGUUAACGGAGCAGUUCCCCUUGAAGACGGAGGAGUUACUGCCGUUACUUGACAUAUUAGCGAACAAAGUCAAAGCCGUCAGACGAAUGAGAGAGCUGUUAACGACCAAGUUCCCUCCGGGGACAUUUCCAGUAAAGUUGGCUAUACCGGUGGUCCCUACAGUGAGGGUGGUAAUAACAUUCACGAAAUUUGUCGAACUACAACCAAUUGAACAGUUCUACACUCCAUUUUCAAGUCCGAGCCACCUUCUUAAUGGUGGUGAGGAUGAAAGUUCAGGCAGUAAUUACCGUUCAUUUCCAUCAUCGUCGUCUUCAUCAUCAUCAUCGUGGCUGUCGAGGAGCAAUAGCCGAUCGUGCUCUUCGAGCAAGCAGCCGCUACAGAGUUGUAAUGGAGCACAACAGGCAGAUCCAUUUGCAAUACCUGGUGGAUAUAGUUGGAGUAGUUUUGAUGAGAAGAAUAGGAAAAUGAAGAAAUCUAAGUCUACUAGGAGAAGCAAGUGAAUGUCUUUACUAAUUCUUUUACCAUAUGAAUAUGACCAGCUGCUCUGUUUCUAUUACUUCUGGUCUCUAAUAUAGUUUGUGAUACGAGGGAGGCUCUAAUCUUGAAUUUCCUUAACACGUAAUCUUAGUUUCUUAAUUCUCAUUCUUUUUCCUUGGAUCGUC